AUGCGUUCCUCUCUUCUCCUGCUCGCCGCUCUGGCGGGUUCCUCUCUGGCCUACCCUGCCCGCGACGUCACCUACGACCGCCGCACUCUCGGCCUCCUCGCUGAUAUCCUCGGAGAUGUCACCGUCGACGUUGGUGACAUUCUCCACCUCAUCCUGGGUGGUGGUGCCUCGGCCUCUGCGUCUGCCUCCGUUUCGCUCCUCUCUGGUCUGAGUGCUCACGGUGCUGCUGCUCUCCAGGGUGGUGCUAUCGGAUGCAGUGCUGGCACCAUUCACGUCGGUGCUCGUGCUGAACUCAAGAAGUGGCUGCACUCCCAAGCCCACAUCAAGGGUUCCCUCAAGACUCACCUUCUGACUUGGUGUGAUGCUUCUGCUGAUGUCACCCUGGCUGCUGAUGUCCUGGCCUCUCUGUCCGCAUUCAUCCCUGCUUGCGCUGAGAUUGCUGCUAAGGAUUCCAUCUACGUGACUAUUGAGGGUGUUUUCUCCGCUGUGGACCUGGCGUCCACUCUUGUCCUUGAGCUCUCUGCUCAGGCUUCCCUUUCCGCUUUCCUUGAGGCCCACUUGAGCCUUGGUGCUGAUAUCCGGGCUGGUCUCGGUGUCUGCGCCAACGGUGGUGUUGUUGGCAGCUUGACUGCUGAUAUCAAGGCUUCUCUGCUUGCCUGGCUCAACCUCGAUGACUGCCCUCUCAGCGCUGACCUGAAGGUCUCCCUUCUUGCCUGGAUUCACGGCAAGCACGGUGCUGGUCUCGUUGCCAUUGGUUCUCUCUCCGAGAGUGCUCUGUCCGCCAUCUCUGUUGGUGCUUCCGUUGGACUCUCCGUUCAGGAGCACGGUGCUCUCUCCGUCCACGCCCAAGCCUCCAUUGCUGCUUUCCUCGAGGCUGACAUUGCCGCCAAUCUCGAUGCCAACAUUCUUCUCGCCCUCAAGGGUUGCGCCAAGGGUCACCUCGCCUCCUCCCUGUCCGUUGAGGUCCGCACUGCCCUCGCUAUCUGGCUGUCUGGCUCCAGCUGCUCUCUGGGUGUCGAACUGAAGUCCAUUGUCCUGCUGUGGCUGUCCCUGGGUGCUACAGUUGACACCUCCGUCGAUCUCGUUACUGGCCUUGUUGGUGAUAUCACCGGCUUCCUGAGCGUCACCGUCCUUGAGACCCUGAGUGUCAACCUCCGUGGUGCCCUUGGUCUGCUCAUCUCUGGCGAGAGCCUCGCUUCCCUCUCCUGGGAGGCUCGUGCUGAGCUUGCUGCCUUCCUUGGUGGCUGCACCAGCAUCGACAUCGGUAUCAGCAUUGAGCUGAUCAUCAUCGAGUGGUUCACUGGCUGCAGCAUCCCCGGUGCUCCCAAGCCCUCUUCUUCCGUCCCCAGCCUGCCUUCGUCCACCCCUGCUGUUCCCUCCGGCUCCGUUUCUGUCUCCAUCCCCGGUGGCCCUCACGGUGGUUCUACUCCCACUGGUGCCUCUCCCUCUGAGACUCCCGGUGUUCCCUCUGGAAGCGUUCCUUCUGGCUCCAUCCCCUCUGGAUCUGUUCCCUCCGGUGGUGUCCCCUCCGGCUCCGUCUCUGUCUCCAUCCCCGGCGGUCCUCACGGUGGCUCUACCCCCCACUGGCGCUUCCCCUGGCGAGACUCCUGCCCCCCAGCGGUCCCUCCAGGCGCUACCACCACUCCUUGUGACACUGAGACCAGCGCUAUUGUUGGCUCUACUGUGAUCCCUGGUGGCCCCGCUCCCUCCGGAACCUCUCCUUCUGAGUCUGGCUCCGUUCCCUCUGGCAGCGUUCCUUCUGGCUCCGUUCCCUCUGGCAGCGUUCCCUCUGGCUCCGUUCCCUCUGGCUCCGUUCCCUCUGGCUCCGUUCCCUCUGGAUCUGUCCCCAGCGGCCCCGAGGCCUCUUCUACCCCUUGUGAUACCGAGACCAGCGCUAUCGUCUCCUCCACUGUUAUCCCCGGUGGUCCCAACGGUGGCUCUACCCCUACUGGUGUCUCUCCUGGCGAGACCCCUGCUCCUACCGGCCCUGCUGGCGCCGCCACUACUCCCUGUGACACCGAGACCAGCAUUACUGUUGGCUCCACUGUGAUCCCCGGUGGCCCUGCUCCUUCGGGCUCCGUUCCCUCUGGCCCUGCUCCCUCCGGUGCCUCUCCUUCUGAGUCCGGUGCUGUCCCCGGUGGCCCUGCUCCCACUGGCCCUGCCGGUGCUGCCACUACUCCCUGUGACACUGAGACCAGCGCCGUUGUCUCCUCCACUGUGAUCCCUGGUGGCCCUGCUCCCUCCGGCGCCUCUCCUUCUGAGUCCGGUGCUGUUCCCGGCGGCCCUGCUCCCACUGGCCCUGCCGGCGCUGCCACUACUCCCUGUGACACUGAGACCAGCGCUGUUGUCUCUUCCACCGUCAUCCCCGGUGGCCCUGCCCCCUCCGGUGCUUCUCCCACCGAGUCUGGCAAUGUCCCCGGUGGCCCUGGUGCUAGCGCCAGCACUCCCUGCGAGACCGAUGUCACCCCCGUCGUCACCUCCACUGUCGUCCCCGGCGGCGGUGCCAACCAGCCCCCCUGCUCCCACCACCGCUCCCUCAGUCCCCAGCGGCGGCGGUGA